AUGUCUGGAAUUCCAGUGCCCUUCAGCGACAUCGCUAAGCCAGCGAACGAUCUCCUCAACAAGGAUUUCUACCAUACCACCGCUGCCAACCUCGAGGUCAAGUCCAAGGCACCAAAUGGCGUCGUUUUCAAUGUCAAAGGGAAAUCUGCCCAUGAUGGUCCUAUUUCCGGCUCGAUCGAGGGCAAAUACAGCGACAAGGCAACUGGCUUGACCCUCACGCAAACAUGGACAACAUCCAACAGCCUCGACACCAAGUUGGAGCUGGAGGACAACCUGACCAAGGGUCUGAAAGCUGAGGUUCUGACCAACUACCUGCCCGCGAAGAAGACCUAUGGCGGCAAGCUCAACCUGCUCUACAAGCAACCCAACAUCCACACCCGCCUGUUCACCGACCUCUUCAAGGGCCCCACCGCGACCUUCGACGUGACGCUCGGCCACGAGGGGUUCCUCAUCGGCGCUGAGGGAGGCUACGAUGUCGGAAAAGCCGCCAUUACCAAAUACGCCCUUGCCGCCGGCUACAGCCAGGGCUCCUAUGCAGCUGCCCUCACCGCCACAAAUAACCUCAGCAUCUUCUCUGCCAGCUAUUACCACAAAGUCAACGCCGAGGUCGAGGCCGGCGCAAAGGCCACCUGGGACUCCACCGCCGGAAGCAACGUCGGUCUCGAGGUUGCCAGCAAGUACAAGCUCGACCCCAGCUCGUUCGCAAAGGCCAAGAUCAACGACCGCGGCAUUGCCGCCCUCGCAUACAACGUCAAGCUCGGCACCGGCGUGACCCUUGGCCUCGGCGCUUCCCUCGACACCCAGAACCUGAACCAGGCUGCACACAAGGUCGGCGCCUCUUUCACUUUCGAGGGAUAG